AACGAUUCUCUCUGGGAUCCGCUGCUCUCUCCUGAAUCCCUAGAAUCUUGCGCUGGCAUGUGAUCGAAGUGGAACAUUGGUUUGGAUUUAAAUGUGAAAAGGAUUUUUGAUCCCCUUGGAAGAGUGAAGAGAAACCCAACCUCGUGAGCGCUGCUUCGAGUAUUCAAGAAUGGGCGAAUAAUUGAGGCCAUGGCCGCACAAACUUAAUAUUUAGUUCCCUACACAAUUGCUUGGAACAACAGGGGAGCGUACCAGACGUUCGGGACUUUUUCUGCGCGUGGUCCUGUUGGAGCAGCACUCCACCUCUGAUCUCUGGGCAGCGACAAUGUCAACAGCGUAGCUAGCCAUAGCUAAAAAAACGAUUGAUUCUAGACUACACAGACAGCUACCCAGCAUUUACAAUGUUGAUUGCUAGCCCUCAGCAGUCUGGGAGAUAAAAAAAAAUAAUAUGGUAGGGCUUUCGUCUAGCCAGAACGGCUUGUGCCAAACAAUGAAAUAGCUUGGGCUAGCUAGUAAACGUGAGAGAAUUUAGCCGGGUUAAACGUGAUUAUUUUGUUGUCAUAAAGCUAACUUCCCAGCAGGUUAUUGCUUCCCUUUGACGAUUACGUCGUGGACUUCUCAGUUUUGGACUCUUGUUUCUACCUGGAAGUUGUUGGAAAGGUGAUUUCUAGUAUGGAGCCCGACUCAGCCAUAGGCGACGUGGAUUCUCUACAUGGGGGGCUGCUUUCCUUGGAUCCAUUGCUGGACCGAAUCCUGGUGGAUUCUUUAUGCCAGCAACAAGGAUGGGUGCGCGUAUAUGAUGUGAAGGGACCACCCACACACCGCUUUUCCUGUGGCCAGUCGCCCUACUCCGAGACCAGUAUGUGGGAGAGGAAGUACUGCAUCCUGACUGAUAGCCAGCUCAUCCUGCUCAAUAAAGAGGAAGAGAUGCCAGGUGAGGUGGUUGAUAAUCCUACAGAGUCGUCAAAGAGCAGGAGCCUGCGUCGGACAGUCAGUGUUCCAUCAGAGGGACAGUUCCCAGAGUUCCAGGCAGAGGGCGCCUCCAUUCUAGAAGUGUCUGCUGAGAGGUCCCCCAGGAGGCGGAGUAUCACAGGCCUGGGGAAUUCAGAGAAGAACAUAUCCCUGGACGUACCCAACUCAUCUCCCUUCAAAGUACCAGGGUUUUUCAGCAAACGACUGAAGGGAUCCAUAAAGCGGACGAAGAGUCAGACCAAACUGGACCGCAACACCAGCUUCAGGCUGCCCUCCCUGAGACCUUCAGAAAAUGACAGAUCCCGAGGGCUUCCUAAGUUAAAGGAGUCGUGUUCUCACGAGUCCCUGCUCAGCCCAGGCAGUGCAGUAGAAGCCCUGGAUCUGGGAAUGGAGGAAGAUGUCUAUGUCAAACCGCUCCACAGUAGCAUAUUGGGACAGGAGUUCUGCUUCGAGGUGACCUACUCAGGAGGAAGUAAGUGUUUCAGCUGCUCCUCAGCCUCAGAGAGAGACAAAUGGAUGGAGAACCUGAGGAGGACGGUCCAGCCAAACAAGGAUAACUGCAGACGAACUGAGAAUGUCCUCCGGCUAUGGAUCAUCGAAGCCAAGGACCUGCCUCCCAAGAAGAAGUACUUCUGUGAACUGUGCCUGGAUGAUAUACUAUACGCCCGCACCACCAGCAAAACCCGGGCCGACUGCCUGUUCUGGGGGGAACACUUUGAGUUCUACAGCCUGCCUUCUGUCCGUAGCAUCACUGUGCACAUCUACAAGGACGUGGACAAGAAGAAGAAGAAGGACAAGAACAACUACGUGGGCCUGGUCAACAUCCCCAUCGGGGGGGUGACAGGGAGGCAGUUUGUGGAGAAGUGGUACCCAGUCAGCACCCCCACCACCAACAAGGGUAAAGGAGGAGGUCCAUCGAUCCGGAUCAAGUCCCGCUUCCAGACCAUCUCCAUACUGCCCAUGGAGCAGUAUAAGGAGUUUGCAGAGUUCAUCACUAACAACUACACCAUGCUGUGUUCUGUUCUGGAGCCGGUGAUCAGUGUGAAGAACAAGGAGGAGAUGGCCUGUGCCCUGGUUCACAUCCUACAGAGCACCGGACGGGCCAAGGACUUCCUGACAGAUCUAGUGAUGUCUGAGGUGGACCGCUGUGCAGACCACGACGUCUUGAUCUUCAGAGAGAACACUCUGGCCACCAAGGCCAUAGAGGAGUACCUCAAACUGGUGGGACAGAAGUACCUGCAUGAUGCACUAGGAGAGUUCAUCAAAGCGUUGUAUGAGUCAGAUGAGAACUGUGAGGUGGAUCCGGGGAAGUGCUCCAGUAGUGAACUCCCUGAGCACCAGAGCAACCUGAAGAUGUGCUGCGAGCUGGCCUUCUGCAAGAUCAUCAACUCCUACUGUGUGUUCCCGCGGGAGCUAAAGGAGGUGUUUGCAGCGUGGAAGCAGCAGUGUCUGACCCGAGGGAACCAGGACAUUAGCAAGCGCCUCAUCAGCGCCUCCUUGUUCCUCCGCUUCCUCUGUCCCGCCAUCAUGUCCCCCUCGCUCUUCAGCCUCAUGCAGGAGUACCCUGACGACCGCACUUCCCGUACCCUCACCCUCAUCGCCAAGGUCAUUCAGAACCUGGCCAACUUCGCCAAGUUUGGCAACAAAGAGGAGUACAUGGCUUUCAUGAACGACUUCCUGGAGCAUGAAUGGGCAGGUAUGAUGCGUUUCCUCACGGAGAUCUCCAACCCAGAGACCAUCUCCAACACGCCAGGAUUCGAAGGUUACAUCGACCUUGGCCGAGAGCUGUCUGUCCUCCACUCGCUCCUGUGGGACGUGGUGUCCCAGUUGGACAAGGGUGAAAAUUCCUUCCUGCAGGCGACCGUAGCCAAGCUGGGCCCCCUGCCCCGCAUCCUGGGGGACAUAGCCCGCUCUCUGUCUAGCCCCACACCCAUCCAGCAGCAGCUCCGACGCUUCCAGGACUACAGCUCCUCACAUAACAUCAGCGGCAGCGUCUCCUCAGGCCUGCAGAGGAUAUUCGAAGAUCCGGCCGACAGUGAGGUUGACAGAAUCAAGUCCCCAGUCCAAGAGCAUGUUACAAACGGCCUUCACCGGGGGAAGCACCCUCUCCUGGGCCAGCAGCCGUCCGGCCAUAGCAUGAGCUUCUCAGACAAGGAGGAGAGAGAGAACCUCCUGACCAACGGACGCAGCAUUUCCCUGGUGGACCUUCAGGACUCUCACAUGGUCCAGAGUGGCAAGGGACCCCUCCACGAUGCUCCCCCCAAGCUGAGCAGGGUGGGCUCCCAGCUCUCUAUCGGACACCCCCACCAGGCUACCACCUCACAGUCAUACCAAGCCCUCCACCAGAAGCCCUCUUUACAGGACAACCUCCCCCAGAGUGCACCACAGGUGCGUCGGCCCCUGCACCCUUCCCUCAGCCAGCAGAGGAGCCUCCAGCCCCUGUCUUUCCAGAACCCUGUCUAUCACCUUAGCAACCAGACACAACAACAACACACAGCAGUACACUCCACAACACACUCGGUCCACUCCCACUCAGUGCACUCCCUGCAGCCGGACUCCAGCUCUGAGAACCUGAGCACUGAUAGCUCCCGCAGCCACAGCAACUCGGAGGUUGAGUUUGGAGGCGGGAGCCAGGGGGGGAAAGGGGGCAGGGUCCCGUCCAAUAGCAGUCUGGAGGAGUUCAGCCGGCGGAGCACGCAGAGCGAAGACUGCUCCACGCCGCGCCGCCACAACCUGCCAGACCACCACAGAGGAGCCCACGCUGUAGCAGUGCCCAGGCAAAGCAGCACGGCCCACAUCGUGAGGGUGGAGCAGCAGAGCCGCAGUGGGGGGAGUGGUGGGGCCCGGACGCCCCGCUCCCUGCCCCGCUCCCUGCCCCACAGCGCCUCUCUGCGCAGCAGCAGCUCCAUCAACACAGAGCCCAUGCCUAUCCCCAUCCAGGCCCAGCCAGGCACAGGAGGCCGCUCACACCAACAGUCCACCUGCUCCAUGGAGAGCCCUGUGCCCCCCGUCAGGAGCGUUGCCAAGCAGCAGACGCCACCGCAGGUGGCGUCGCCGGUAGAGCCAGUCACCAUGUCACCGGUAGAGAGGACAGCGGCGUGGGUACUGAAUAACGGCCAGUUCGAGGACGAGGCGGCCCCAGCAGAUCAGAGCAGGGAGGACAGCAGGCACGCCAAGAAGUAUGAACAGGAGAUCUCCAAGCUGAAGGAGCGCCUGCGGGUGUCUAGUCGGUGUCUGGAGGAGUACGAGAGACGUCUGCUGGCCCAGGAGCAGCAGAUGCAGAAACUGCUGAUGGAGUACAAGGCCCGACUGGAGGACAGCGAGGAGAGGCUGCGCCGGCAGCAGGAGGAGAAGGACAACCAGAUGAAGAGCAUCAUCUGCAGGUUAAUUGCUGUAGAGGAGGAGCUGAAGAGAGACCAUGCAGAGAUGCAAGCUGUCAUAGAUGCCAAGCAGAAGAUCAUUGAUGCACAGGAGAAGAGGAUAAGCUCCCUGGAUGCAGCCAACUCUCGGCUAAUGAGUGCCCUGACACAGGUGAAGGAGCGCUAUAGCAUGCAGAACCUGCGCAACGGCCUCUCGCCAACCAACCCCACAAAACUGUCGAUCACUGAGAACGGAGAGUUCAAAAACAGCAGCUGCUGAUUUAGUCAGACAGUGUGAGAUGGUGUUAUGGUCACACUCUCUCCAUGCACACAGACCAAUUACCUGUGGCUCUACAAGGAAUGUCUAGAUAUUAAUGUAAAUAGCUUGUAUCUUGCAUUGGUUGUGUACAGAGAUGAUACUGAAAGACGUGUCUUUUGAAGACGUGAACAGGGGGAUCAACUGUUGUCAUGAAAUAGCGAAUUGUUGUUUUAUAAAUGACAUUCCCAUAUGCAGACAAAUGCAGUUUUAAAUAGAUUUGAAGUAUUCUCUAAUUAAGAGAUUAUAUAUUGAGUAGAUGUACAUAUCAAAGGGGUUUGUUUCAAUAAAUAAGCACAUAGUGAGCAGUUAUAGCUCUAAAAACAUAGUCAUGAUAGGAAUGGAAGGGCAAAAUAAACCAAAAAACGUUUUAUGCACUGUUUUUCUAACCCUACUUUUUAAAAAUAUUUUUAACUUCUGUUUUUGUCGUCUUAACCUAGGGGUUGCAUUGGUUUUGAUUGUCUGAUUUUGAGUAUAUUGGGACUGCUGCUUUUGCCCAUUGUUAGCUGAAACCAUAGGCCUUUGAGUUCAGGUUCUUACGGCCUACUGGAUCUUCAAAACAAAGUGUCUGCUCACUCCCACCUUGCCACAGAAUAGCAAAUGUUAUUUAUUUCUGUACCUUCUACUGGCACGCCUUCAAGAUCCCAUGAGAAGAUGUUCAACAUGACAGCCCUCCUGACUUUGUACAAUUUUCUAUUUCAUGUCAAUAACUACUGUUUAAGAGUCUGUUUUCUGUUCUCACCCACCCAACCUCCCCCUAGGCACACACUUUUUUGUUGCACAAAAAUCUAUGAACUGGUGAAUGUCAAUGAUAGCUUAUGUCAGUUGUUGAACGUUGUUGAGAAUAAAAACUGCCUGUAACAUUGUG